AAUCUUUCUUUUCUUCUCCGGAGAUGCUACACCGUCUGUACUCGCCGGAAAGGUGGACCUUUAACGGUACGGACGUGAGUGCGCUUCAGAGACAGCACGCCGGGUUGAAACGGCUGCAGCAACAAAACUAUAUUGUUCAAAACAAUUCCGUUGAAUUCGGUUCAAAUCCAUUGUCUGGGUUUCGGGGUUUGGUCAGCAGCAGUUUUCACGUAGUUGGGGCAGAAGGUUUUGUGCCAUCGGAGGCUGCGAUGGAACAAUGUAGUUCUUGGACUUCUGGGUGCAUGACGGCGGAGAUGGAGACUGUGAAGUUGAAAGAGAUCAAUUUGGCUUUGACGCCUGAAAGGGACAACUCAAACAAGAGAAAAGCAGAGAUUGCUGCCGAUGAGAGAUGCAUAGAAAAGAGGAGUAAAGGAGAGGUAGGAAUGGAGUACUCAGAGGUGAAAGCAAAAUGCAGCAGUACAGAAAUUUCAGCAAAUACUUCUUCAAAGGAGAAUUCCAAGGUUUCAGAAGUUGAGAAGUCUAAAUACAUUCAUGUACGGCCACCUCGGGGCCAGGCCACUGGUAGCCACAGUUUAGCUGAAAGAGCCAGGAGGGAAAAGAUUAACAGGAAAAUGAAGUGUUUACAAGAGUUAGUACCAGGAUGCAGUAAAGUAACAGGGAAAGCAGGCAUGCUUGAUGAAAUAAUCAACUAUGUUCAAUGUCUUCAAAGACAAGUUGAGUUCUUGUCCAUGACACUGGCUGCUCUAAAUCCAAGCCAAGAAUUCAACGUUGCUAAUUUCCCUGCAAAAGAAUUUCCUGCUUAUAUCACCAAAUUUCCAGCAGCCGCUAAGUUGCCAGCACUAGCCAAUCGAGCCUGCCUUCCAUUUUUCCCAACUCAACCAGGAGCCACAAAUUGCAUGCCAGAUGUGGCAUUGCAUUCCCCUCAAGCAUCUAUUGAAAGAAACUCGACUUAUUCUGUAUCCACCUCGCAACAGACUCUCAACUCAUCUGGCAUCUCUCAACUCGGACCCCUUUCAUCUUGGAGUUUGGAUUCACAAGGUCUUUAUGAUGAGUACAAUACGGGGUUUCAGUAAAGCACUGGCAUUCAUCUUCGUUUAUUUCAAAAUUAUCGGCUAAUAUCCAGCCUCUAAGGACACCUGCUGCAUUUUUAUUCUGUGCAUGGGAGUUUCAGUACCAGAAUCAACUUCCAUCAGCAGUAUGCCUUCCUCACCUGCUGCAUUUGAACUGGUUUCACUGGCAUCACUCCUGGAAGUGUAAUUUUGAACGCCAUUCACCCAUCUU